CAAAUUUCGCUAUAAAUACUACGCCCAGACUUAAGCUAGGUUUGACAAAAGUUCAACUGAAUUAACUCUGAUUUCUUCUUCAGAAGUAGCGACUUUCUGUGUACUGAAUCCAAAUUCCCAUGGCUGCAACUUCAAGAACCAGAUCCAGCGGUCUGAGACUCCACGGAUCCGGCGGCUUCGCAUACCCCAUCUCGCCGUCUAACCGGUUCUUCUCCGGCGACCGCGUCGGAGGAUGCGGGCGCUACUCCUCACCCACUACCGGCACCUCCGCCUUCGCUUCUUCAUCCACCUCCGCCUUCGCGGUUUCACCGACCUCCGCCUUCUCCUCCCGCUCCGCCGACUUCUUCCACAAGCGCUCUGACUCCCCUACGCGCGUUAAUCUUGUCGGAUCCUCUUCCGGCCGCUCAGUCGACCCCAUCGCCGCCAAGCGCGGCCCGAUCUCCUCCGCUGCCACGCUGAGGAAGACCUGCAUGUGCUCGCCCACCACACACCCUGGAUCCUUCCGCUGCAGCCUCCACAAAGGUUCCUCAUCCUCCCGCCGCCCACACGCCGCUUCUUCUCCGUCGAACCGGUUGAAUGCCAGGCGAUCGGCGAUGACCAACUCGUUGGUCCGGAUCGGGGCAGUGGAGGGCGAGUGGGUGAAACGCGCUCUUACCGCUCUGAUCCGGCCUUCGUCGCACCAGCAGCGCCGCCGAGCAUCGUUUCAUCCCCAGCCGAGCCGUCUCUCCGCGAUGUCGAAGGCUGACGAUCUCGGAUCUGAGGUUGCGGAUUCACUGAUCUGAACCCCCUUUGCAGGAUCUUCGUCCUCAGGGCCCCCGCUCUGAGGGAUAGCUAGGGUUUUCAGCGGAAAUAAGGACCUUUUUUUCUCCUAAUUUCCUUUUUUUUCCUCUAUUUUUUUUUCACUUUUUUAGGCUUAUUUCUGUUGUGUGACCGGAUAUAUCCAUGAGCGCUGCAUCAGAUUCCGUCUGUUCUGUAAAUAUUGAUUUUUUUUUUUAAUAUAGCCGCUGAUGUCUGAAAAUUCUGAAA